AUGGAUGUGCAGUCAUCUUCGAAUGGUCUUCAUCACAUCGUCGGUUAUGGCUCAAAUUCAGUUGUUCUUGCUCAUUGUAAUAAUAAUAAUCAUCACAAUGAUUACCAUAAUUUUUAUGUCCCUGCACCUCGACCACUACCAAAAGCAACAUCGUCCUAUCAAUUGUUACCUGUUGUAAAUUUAGUACCCACAAUUAUCAAUGUACCAGUUCAACAAUCGAAAAAGCAACAGCAAUCACACGUUGUUCGAGAUGAAUUUCGUCAAGAACAAUAUCGGCCAAGUCGAGGAGCAUCAGCAUUCAUACCUAGGUAUAGUUCUUUUGAUGAUCCGCAUAUGCAAGAUUACUAUGCACGAAAAUUUGGUCGACGACCAAAAUCAGUUAGAAGUUCAGCUCGAUCAGACACACUUUAUCGAAUUACAGUUAAAACAGCAGAUAAAAAAAAUGCCGGUACCAAUGCAAAAGUAUUUUUAAGUAUAUUCGGCAAAAAAGAUAAAGUCUGUCGAAAAUUACUAACACGUGAACAUAUGUUGCGUGGUCAAAGUCAACUUGCAUUGUCAGUAAAUGGUCUCAAUAAAAACUAUGCAGAUGACUUAUAUAAUAUGGAAUUUACACGAGGCGCUACAGAUAUUGUUUACAUUCGUUGCCGAGAACUCGGUGUUAUUCACCAUAUUGUUCUUGAACACACUGGUCUCUUAAUUGAACAAAGUUGGUUAUGUGAAUUCAUUCUAAUAACAAAUGUUCGCACAGGUCGCCAGUGGUUUUUUCCUUGUAAUAAAUGGCUAUCAUUAUUUGAACCUGGCGAUGGUUCUCUAUCGGUUCAACUUUAUCCUAAUGAUCGUGCAUUUGAAAAUGAUUUAAGAAAUAAAUUCUUACCAAAUAAUACGGAAUAUCACGUCACAGUUGUUACUGGUACUCCGAAUGGUGCUGGUACAGAUAGUAGAGUUUAUAUAACAUUAUUUAGUGACGAUGGAAAACGAACUGAAAAACUCCAAUUAAAAACUCCAAUUAACAACAAUAAAAACCCAUUCGAGCGUAAUCAAACCGAUGAAUUUCGUAUAGCUGGUGAUUAUAUUGGAGAAUUGGUUAAAAUUCGUGUCGAACAUGAUAAUACAGGUCGAGCGGCUGGAUGGUUUCUUGACCGAAUUGUGGUAACAGAUUUGUAUGAACCAAAAGUACGAUAUUAUGCUAAUUGUAAUAAAUGGUUAGCUAAAGAUGAAGAUGAUGGACAAAUUAGCCGAGAUCUUAAGUUACACAAAGAUAUUAAAUCAGGAACCAUUAAUAAAUACAAAGUAACAGUUUAUACAGGAAACAAAAUGGGAGCCGGAACUGAUGCAGAUGUAUUUAUUACUAUCUAUGGUGAUUCAGGUGAAACAGGGGCCAUUCAGCUUGAUGACAGAAAAAAUAAUUUUGAAGCUGGAAAGAAAGAUGAAUUCGUAAUCGAAUGCCCUAAUGUAGGAGAAAUAAAUAAAAUUUUAAUUGCUCAUAAUAAUAAAGGCGCUGCGCCUGGUUGGUUUUUGGAUCGCAUACUCAUUGAAGACCUUAGUGAAAAACGUAUCUAUGAAUUUCCAUGUUACAAAUGGCUAGCAACAGAUGAAGGUGAUCGGCAAAUAUCCCGUUAUCUUCUUCCGAAGAAAAAAGGUGAUGGUGAUCGACUGGCAACCGCAGGUGUUCCUUACAAUGUAACAGUAUAUACGGGUGAUAAAUCAAAUGCUGGCACAAAUGCACGUGUUUAUAUUGUGAUGAAUAAUAGAGAAACGUCAUCAAGUAAAAUAUUUUUAAUUAAUGGAAAAUUUGAACGCACCGAUGUUGAUUCAUUUAUAAUUGAUGGCCCUGACGAACUUAGUCCAUUAACAUCGUUGAUUAUUGGACAUGAUAAUAGUGGUUUAGGACCUGGAUGGUAUCUUGAUAAGGUUGUUGUCGAUUGUCCAAGUACAGGCAUAGAACAAACGUUUCCGUGCAAUAAUUGGCUAGCCAACGACAAAGGUGAUAAACUUAUCGAACGUGAAUUAAGAGAAGAUCCUUCACUACGUAAAGUUCGUCCGCCAACCAUUCCAUGGUACAUAUGGGUAUAUACAAGCGAUAUUAAAGGAGCAGGCACCGAUGCUCAUGUACAUCUUGUACUUUAUGGUCACAACGGCAAAUCUGAUGAUAUAAAAUUAAAAAGUGAAUCCGAUGUAUUUGAAGCUGGCCAAUGUAAUGAAUUUAAAGUUGAUAUAGCCGAUGUUGGUACACCAUUCAAAUUACGUGUUAGUCAUGACAAUAAAAAAUUAUUUGCACCGUGGCAUCUCGAUCGAAUUGAAAUGGAAAAUCUUAAGACAAAGAAACGAUAUAUUUUCACUUGUGGAAGAUGGCUAUCAAAGACAGAUGAGGAUAAACAAAUUAUACGAGAAUUGCCAGCUGAAGGUCCAGGAAUAUCAAAACCUUUGCCUGUUGUUAAAUAUACGGUUGAUGUAUAUACGGCAGAUAAACGUAACGCUGGAACAGAUGCAAACGUUUUUAUCAAUAUUUUUGGUGAAUGUGGUGAUACAGGAGAACGUCCAUUAGAAUAUUCGGCAAGAAAAGGAAAUAAAUUCGAAAGCAAUCAAAUGGAUAGCUUUGUUGUCGAAGCUGUUUCAUUGAAACACAUACGAAAAAUUCGCAUUGGCCAUGAUGGAACAGGUCCCGGUGCUGGAUGGUUCCUAGAUAAAGUAGUCGUGCGUCCAGAAGAUAAACGUUAUGAACAAGCAACAUUUACUUGCAAUAGAUGGCUCGCUGAAGAUGAAGAUGAUGGACAAAUCGUUCGAGAAUUAACUCUUCAAAGUGCUGCUCAAUAUUUAAAUAAAACAACAUAUAAUGUCAGAAUAAAAACUGGCGAUAUUUUUCAAGCUGGAACUGAUGCUGAUGCUUACUUGAAAAUUUUCGGUGAUAAAGGUGAUACAGAUAAAAUUCAUUUGAGAAAUUCCGAUAAUACAUCAAAUAAGUUUGAACGCGCACGCGUCGAUCAUUUUACAUAUGAAUUUGAUGAUCUCGGCAAAAUUCAACAUAUAAUCAUUGGGCACAAUGGGAAAAAUGUUGGAUCAGGUUGGUUUCUUGAUUGGGUAGAAAUCGAUAUCCCGAUGCGAGGAGAAAUGUAUAGAUUUGUCUGUAACCGUUGGUUAGAUAAAUCCGAAGGCGAUGGUAAAAUUGAACUUGAUUUAGUACCAUCAGAUGUCAUCCAAAAAACUAGUGUUAUUCCAUACGAAAUAACUGUUUUUACUGGUGAUAAAGCUAAUGCUGGUACAGAUGCCAAAGUAUUUCUACAAAUGUAUGGUCUAAAUGGUAAAACAGAAGAAAUUGUUUUGAAAAAUAAAUCAGAUACAUUCGAACGAAAAGCGGUAGAUAAAUUUAAAAUCGAAGCUCCCGAUAUAGGACAAAUACAAAAAAUUCGAAUUGGCCAUAAUUCAGAAAAAUUAGGUUCAGGAUGGUAUCUUGAAAAAUUACUUAUUCAACGACAUCUCGAUGAUAAAUCUGAUAAACAAAAACGAGGAUUUAAAUCUGGCCGAUCGCUUCGUCUCAGUCAGAUCAGUGCGACUGAUCCGAGUGUUGAAGAAUAUUGGUUUGUUUGUCAAAAAUGGUUCGAUAAAAGUUCGGGUGAUAAAGCAACAGUUCGAGAAUUAUUGCCAACUGAUGAAAAUGGAAAUGUAUUAAGCGAUCGAAAUGAAGUAGCUUACGUCGCACACAUAUUUACUGGUAACAAGUCUAACGCUGGUACUGAUGCAAAUGUUUUUCUAACGGUUUAUGGCGAAUCGGAAGACUCAGGUGAACGUGAAUUGGCACAUCCGAUAAGCAAACAUAGGAAUAAAUUUGAAAAAAAUCAAGAAGAUAUUUUCGAGAUCAAAGCUGCAUCAUUGGGCAAAUUAAGAAAAAUAAAAAUACGGCAUGACAAUUCAAAUCUUGGCGCCGCCUGGUAUCUUGAUCGCGUAGAAAUUUUCGAUCCAGAAACAGAUCAAUCAUACCUUUUCAUUUGUCAAAAAUGGUUGGCUGAUGAUAUGGACGACCGGGUGAUAUGCCGUGAAAUUCCUGCGAUGGAUAAUAAAGCACUGCGUUUAGCAACUGCACGUGGAAGUGCCUCUGGAUCAUCGAUGGAUUACGGUUUAGAAAUGAAAAAUAUAGCGACUACCUAUAAAAUUAAUGUCAUUACAAGCAAUGAACGAGGUUCUGGUACAGAUGCUAAUGUUUAUAUUAUUAUAUUCGGUAAAAACAAUGAUACAGGCAAAGUUCCAUUGGCAAUAUCAAAAACGCAUAAAGAUCCAUUUGAACGAGGCCAUACCGAUUUAUUCGAAAUCGAAGCCAUGGAUAUUGGCGAACCAAAAAAGAUCAAAAUUGGCCAUGAUGAUGCAGGUAUGCUAUCGGAUUGGUUGUUAGAACGCGUCGAAAUCGAUGUACCAAAAAUGGGUCGCACAUGGGUAUUUCCUUGUGGAAAAUGGUUAAGUACAUCGAAAGGAGAUUGCCAAUUAGAACUUGAACUUUAUCCAAAAGCUAUGGCAACUGAAGUGUAUACACCACAUGUUCCAUAUGAAAUAAAAGUUGUUACAUCGAAAGUUUCUGGUGCCGGAACAGAUGCUAACAUUUUUGUUGAAAUAUAUGGUACAGAUAAAACAACUGGUGAAGUAAUGUUAUGCAAUAAAAAAGAACGAAAAGGCAAAUUUCAGACAGGCUCAGUAGAUACAUUUGUACUUGAACUGGAAGAUGUUGGCCAAUUUAUUGAAAAGAUUCGUAUUGGACAUGAUAAUACUGGCUGGGGUGCAGCAUGGCAUUUGGAUCGCGUUGAAAUUCGUCGAUUGGAUAAAAAUAAAAAAUCGAAAACAUUUAUAUUUCCAUGUGAUCGUUGGUUUGCUAAAGAUGAAGAUGAUCAUAGUAUUGUACGUGAACUUGUUCCAGAGAAAAUUCUUGAGGAAGAAGUUGGUAAAGGUGGAAAGUUAAAAGUUCGAGAAAACGAAGUUCAAAAUCGACUUGAAAUGAAAAGAUAUACAAUUGAUGUUUAUACAGGAGAUAAAAUGGGUUGUGGGACAGAUGCGAAUGUGUUUUGUACAAUCUAUGGCGAUAGAGGUGAUACAGGCGAACGUGAAUUAGCAAGUUCCGAGACUCAUAUGAAUAAAUUUGAAAAAAAACAAAUGGAUAGAUUUAAAAUUGAAUCUGCUGAUUUAGGAAUAAUUUAUAAACUUAAAAUACGACAUGAUAAUUCUGGUCCAUUUGCUGAUUGGCUAUUAGCUAAGGUUGAAGUUAAAGAUGAUAUCAAAACCUAUGUAUUUCAUUGUGAACGAUGGUUGGCUAAAGGAAAAGAUACCAAACUUGAACAAACACUCUAUGAAAAAGAUUACCAGGGUUCCAUGAGUAGUCUAGGAUCUAUUCCUCGUUCUGUCACUGGCUCAAAAUUAAGUUUAGCAUCGAGCGAGACCGAUAGUAAAGCCGAUCGAUUUCGUCUCGGUCAACGUAAAAAUAUCAUGUCGAGUAUAGCCGAAGAAACUCGAGAUCCAACUGAAGAAGGCAUUCCUUACACAGUAAAAGUUAAAACCGGAGACAAAUCAGAUGCUGGUACAUCAGCACAUGCACAUAUACGUUUAGUUGGUCGUAAAGGUCGACAAACACGUUUGGUACCAUUAGAAUUAAUGCAAAAACGACGUUUUGAACGCGGCAAAGUCGAAACAUUCUCAUUGCAAGAACCAGAUAUUGGAGAUUUAGAUGCCGUGGAAAUUGAGCACGAUGGCGAAACAGAGGCUGAUAGUUGGUUUCUCGAAGAUGUUACUGUUGAAAUGCCAACAAAAGGACGAGCAUUUUACUUUCCAUGUCAUGAGUGGCUAUCAAAAGAAAAAGGCGACGGACGAACUAAACGAACGCUUAAAGUGCAAGAUUCCAAUAAAUCGACGUUUCGUCCUUUGAUUCCAUAUGAAACAACUAUUUAUACUGGAGAUGUUGAAAAUGCUGGUUGUGAUUGUGAUGUUAGUUUGAAAUUAUUCGGCACAACAGGCUCAUCAUCUGAACAUGUUAUAUCCAAAGACGAAGGACUUUUCGAACGAGGAGCGAUUAAUCCAUUUAGAUUUGAAUUGGAUGAUGUUGGUAAACCAAUUAAAUUACGUGUAAAAAUUAUCCCACAGCAUAAAAAGGGUCGACAUAAAUGGUAUUUAGAAAAAAUCGAACUUGUUAAACAUACACAACAUAAUGAAAGACAAGAAUCGUACUUUUUUGGUCUUAAUGACUGGAUCUCACGUGAAACAGAUUUUUGUCAAGAUCUAGCAUUAACUAAAGGCGGAAAAGCCCUAAUAAAACACACAACGUAUCGUGUAACAACUAAAACUAGUGAUAUGAACGGUGCAAGUUCUGAUUCAGAUAUUUCUAUUGUUAUCUUCGGUCAAUUUGGUGAUAGUGGAGAAUUGAAACUAGACGAUUCGUCAACGCACCGAAAUAAAUUUGAACGUAAUAAUGAAGAUGUAUUUAAAUUUCCAAAUAUUUUAAGCUUGGGAGCGCUAACAAAAGUACGUGUAACGAAUCAUGAAUCAUCAUUGUUCAAAAAGGCGUGGCAUUUGGAAUAUGUUCAAGUUGAUGAUGAACAAACAGGCCAAUCCUUUAUGUUUCCAUGUAAUAAAUGGUUAUCAUCUUCCGAAGAUGAUAAGCAAACUGUUCGUGAAAUAAAAUGUGAUAGCGAUUCAUCGGACUCCGUUCGACGAGAAUCAUUAACACCAGGUGGAAAAGUUCCAUAUGAAAUUGAAGUUGUUACUUCAGACAAAACAAACGCUGGAACAACACAGCAUGGCUGGAUUAUUCUUGAAGGAAACAAAAAGAGGUCAGAUAGAUUCCCUAUGAAAAAUACACCACAGAAGAAAAUUUUACGACGUGGACAAACGGAUGUGUUUACAUUCACAUCACGACCAUUGGGUGAACUACGUCGUAUAAUUUUGGGUCAUCAAGAACGACCUGAAUAUCAACUUCCAUCUUAUGAAGGUCGUGAAGCUCAAUGGCAUGUUGCACAUAUUACCAUUACCGAUCCUUCAACAGGCACCAAAUAUGAAUUUCCCAUACGAAAAUGGCUUGAUAUUAAUAAUGAUGGUGACGCAUUUCAAUGUGCUGAUAAGCAAGAAGAUGCAGUAACACAACAACGCCAUCGUGAAUCCAUUAAAUAUAAAGUCACUGUUUAUACAGGUGAUGUAGAUAAUGCGGGUACGGAUGCGAAUGUCUCAAUUAUUAUCUAUGGUACUCUUGGUGACACGGGCCCUCGGCCAUUGAAACAAAAAGGUCGAAAUUUAUUUGAACGUGGUCAAAUUGACGACUUUUUUAUUGAGACUUUAGAUUUAGGUGCCUUGAAUAAAUUACACAUCGAACACGAUAAUGCUAACUUCUUCGCCGAAUGGUUUCUUGAGAAAGUUGAAGUGACUAAUACGGAAACAGGAGAAACAAUUUCAUUUCCGUGUAAACGAUGGCUCAGUAAAAAACACGAUGAUCGCCAAAUUCAACGAGAUCUAUUACCUAUGGAGGCUUGA